ACAGUUUCCAAGAUGAACUCAACACGUACACAGCUCUACGCCGCAGCCGCAUUCUUCCUGGUCCUCUUGACUGUGGCCAACUGUCAGCUGACCUUCUCGCCAGACUGGGGCAAACGUUCGGUCGGUGGCAGUGUUGUGGGCGGUGGUGGUAGUGGUUUCUUCGAUACACAGCCCAGUGGCAAUUGCAAGACCUCAAAUGAGAUGCUGCUCGAAAUAUUCCGCUUUGUACAGGCAGAAGCGCAACUCUUUCUUGACUGUAAACACCGCGAGUAGAAGCCAAGCGACGCUAAUCAAACACUAAAAAAAAAACUUUUUAAUCAUAAACCAUCGAUAUUUAAUGUGUAUUUGUUUAAUAAUUAAUUUUUGGGGUAGUCGGCAUUAGUUUUACUAGAAUUCGGUUUAAAAUCGUAAAUUAUUUUAUAUUAAAUUAAUGGAAAACAUUAAGUAAUAUCAUUAA